AGCGUUGAGGCCCAAGGCGCGCAAAAUGGAGAAGUGGCUCUUCCGGCAAGGCCUGGCAGAGGUGGAUCUCCUCAUCGGGUCUCGGAUGGGGGAAUGCAGUAGCCUCGUCUUCGAGCGCUUCGCAAAGCGCGCCGGGAUCCAUCUCACGGUUUGCCCCAGCUUGGCGGAGUUGAAGGACAACGUGAAACAGAAACAGAGCAAGAACUUCCACAGGCCCCUGGCCGUCAUCGCAGAUGACGCGUGGCUGCUGCGGGAGAUCAAGGCCUUGCCGCUGAGCGGACGGACGCCUUUCCUCGUGGACGCCAGCAGCGCGGAGAGGAGCUUGGCGGACGCCCAGCUGGCCUCCUGCCUGAGGCGCUGGGACAUUUACAAGACGCCGCUAUUGGAAGCCUUGCCCCGUGCGGGGCACUGCGGGGGUUAGGAGUAAUGCCCACUUCGGAUUCGGAGUGACGUCCAUUUGGGGAGGGCGAUCUUGGCACGU